UUUGUGGGAACAGGACUUUUAUUUUGGUGUGGCGUCAUGACGUCAUAAGUCUGCGCCGCGCUCCUGCAUCUGUGUUUCUGCUGAAGAAAGAUGCCUUGACUCCACAGCCAACAGAGCAAUGUUGUCUUCACUGUUCCAAUACUUUUGGAGGGCACUGUAUGUAACCAGCCAUACUCUGAAGAUAACAUGCUCCGGAGUAGGUUCUGUUUCGAGAAAAACUCCUGCUGAAGCAACUGAGAUCCACGUGUCACGGUUAUAAAGAUGGCAUUUAUUAAAGUUGAGAGUGAAGAGAUGAAGAUAGAAGAAACUUUUAUUGUCAAACAAGAAGAUAUUGAGGAACAAACAGAGAUGGUGUUUAUUAAAGAGGAGAGGGAAGAGGUGACGAUUGAAGAAGAUUUUAUAGUCAAACGUGAAGAUACUGAGGAACAAACAGAGAUGCCGUUUAUUAAAGAGGAGAGGGAAGAGGUGACGAUUGAAGAAGAUUUUGGAGUUAAACAUGAACAUACUGAGGAACAAACAGAGAUGGUGUUUAUUAAAGAGAAGAGGGAAGAGGUGACGAUUGAAGAAGAUUUUAGAGUUAAACAUGAAGAUACUGAGGAACAAACAGUACGCGAGGGGAAUUGUUUUGAAAACUUCCAAAGUGGAGAAAUGGCAACCGGAGUGUUUCAACCAUAUAUGUUCGAGCCAGAGUCUGAUCCCGAAUUUCAAGACGAUGAACCGACUACACCUCAGACACCAAGGAUGCUCCAGCCUGUGACAGCAUGGUGUACCUGUGAAAACUGUGCUGUUAUGCCAACGGAAAAAGAAAAUAUAUGCUGUUUGGAGAUUCCUGAGAUUGUUAGAAGGAUUCACCAGAUACCGGACACAGUUACCUGCAUAACCCAUCACCCAGGCUUCGAACCGGUUUGCCUGAAUGUGUAUUCACUACAGAAUGCACUUAAUAUUUACAAAGCUGAUUAUGGCCCCUUGAGACUCAGAGGAAUAGAACAGCGUUACAGGCGCCUGGCGCAGAGGAGUUUUGUGAGCUGGUGCUGGGGCUAUCUGAGCAGGACGAUCAGGGUGGCGAUCCCGUCUUGUGUUGUCCUGCGUAUAUGCCGAGAGUUUCCUGACGCUGCAGGCAGCUGCGUUGGAUUCAGACCUCCCCUUGACUGAACCUUGCGAUGACUUCUUUCACGGAGGAUCUGUCGCACUGGGCUGAGAGUGUUUCAGGGACCUUGAUUUUGCUAAUCCCCUCCAUGUAGGGAAGAGGGUCUGGGAUCACUUUUUCAUAAAGGAAGGUCAUCAGAUUGAUGACAUAGUCUGUAAAAAUAUAAUUGCACAAGUGACACUGCAAUUAAUUAUAUUUAUGGUUUAGAUUUUUU